AUGAUACUCACCGAAGAAUGCAGUGUCAUUAUCCAGCACAAACUACCUCAGAAAUUGAAGGAUCCUGGGAGUUUCCAAAUCCCUUGUAUCAUAGGGGAAAUCACUAUAGAGAAGGCUCUAUGUGAUAUAGGGACAAGCAUAAAUUUGAUGUCCUUAGCAAUGAUGCGAAAGAUGAGGAUUGAGGAGAUCAAACCAACAAGAAUGGCCUUGCAACUAGCAAACUGGUCAUUCAAAUUUCCUCACGGAAUAGUGGAAGACUUGUUGGUGAAGGUAGGAGACUUUAUCUUUCCAGCAGACUUCGUAGUAUUGGACAUAGAGGAAGGAGCUAAGACCUCUAUCAUCUUGGGAAGGCCAUUCUUGGCCACCACCAGAGCCAUCAUUGAUGUCCAAAAGGGUGAGCUUGUCCUUAGGCUACAUGAGGAGAAAGUAAUAUUCAAUGUGUUCAAGGCCAUGAGUUACCCACAAGACUCACUGGGAGAAUGUAUGAGGUUGGACUCAGUGGAUGCUGUGGUGUAA